AUGCCAAAAUACACUACAAAGAGACAUACAGGCGCUACUAGGAUUGCCUCGACGUCUCAGGCUAAUUUCGUUUUCGAUAAGGUCGCAUACAUUCCUCAAAGAACAAAAAAAAAUCGGCAACAAUGGCGUAUGAAAGAGGCGACAGGAACGCUUCUGAACGACGACGGUUUUGCGCCUUUGAGAGAGAUCGUCACCGCCGAUCAAAUCCGGCCGCUUCCGCCGGAGGUUAUGGCGACUGAGUUUUCGUUGUUGGAUCUUGUUGAUGCUUACGACAAAGAUGGGUGGUGGGUGGGGAAGGUUAUCAGGAAGACUGGAUCGAAUUACUUGGUGUAUUUUGAGGAUUCAAGAGAAGAGAUUGUUUAUCCGUUUAAAAUGCUAAGGAUUCAUCAAGAAUGGGAUGGCAGGGUUUGGGUUUCUUCCAAAAAAUAA